CCGAGCCCCCACACAGCUAUGGCCCCGCAGGAGCAGGUCCUCGUCCUCGAGCCGCCCAACGAGCUGAAAUUCAAAGGUCCUUUCACAGAUGUUGUCACUACAAACCUGAAACUAGCUAACCCUACAGAUAAAAAUGUAUGUUUUAAAGUGAAGACCACAGCUCCACGCAGGUAUUGUGUGAGGCCUAACAGUGGUGUUCUUGAUGCAGGAACUUCAAUCAAUGUUUCAGUGAUGCUGCAACCUUUUGACUACGAUCCCAAUGAGAAAAGCAAACACAAGUUUAUGGUUCAGUCCAUGUUUGCUCCACCGGAGAUCCAGGACAUGGAAGCAGUAUGGAAAGAGGCAAAGCCAGAAGACUUAAUGGACUCUAAGCUGCGGUGUGUCUUUGAGCUACCCUCUGAGAAUGAGAAAACGUGGCGUCCAGUACACAGAAAAAGAACUCAUGACCUGGACACAAAUAAACUCCUUUCUACAGCUUUAGCGAAAUCAGAGCCCCCUAUGUUGUCCAAAUCGACCAGUUCUUCCCUGGAUGAUCCCGAGUUGCGGAAAAUGGUGGACGAAUGCUGGAUACUUAAAUCAGAGGUUCAGAGACUUCGCGAGGAGAAUAAACACUUAAAGGAAGAUGAUGGUCUGCGAAUGAGGAGGAUGCCUCAGCCCAACCAUCCUUCACCCAGCACGAGGUCCGUCACCAGGGAGGAGGGACUCAGCACACGGCUAAUCGUCCUCUCUGUUCUGUUCUUUAUCUUGGGUACAAUUGUAGGGAAGCUGCUUUUGUAGAGAGACAAGCAUGCUGGUGAUUUGUUAGCUUGACUUGUUGGUUUGAUCUGCCAUAUCAUGGGGUAGAAAUGAUUCAUGAUCAAAAAAUAAAAUACAAAAAAAACAAUUUAAUGUACAGCAUUUCACGGGCCUUGCCUUUAAUUACCCCUUGCACAAUACAUACAGUAACUCGGUCGGAAAAAUCUUGGGUAAUGUUAGUUGUACAGUAAGUUACAUAUGAAGAGAGUUCCUGGGCUAUUGGCAGGUGAAGAGAGAACAGACAUUUGAUGUGACAACAGCAUACUGUAAAUGUAAUUUUAAUCAUGUUAGACUAUGGUACCUUUACAGGAUUUACCUCUUUUAAAUACGCUUUAAGAAUGCCGGUGCUGGCCCGAGGUUCAGUGUGUGCAACUGGACUGAGAGGGAAGGGCUACAACCUUCAUGUAAAAUUUUUAAAAAAACGAGCCUUUCCUCCCUGCAGGCAAAAAGCGUGAAUAGUUUCUGUCGAUGAUGUCUUUCUUGCUGUCAAAGUGGCCCACGUCUGGGUUUUAAAAAAAAACAAAAAAUUGGCUAGAUCUGUUUAUUCUUACAAUGUUGUCCCAUGCUUACUCGACAAAUACUGAGACUUCCUGUAUUUCCAUUUCACACUUACUACUCCACACGGUGAAUUGAGUCCCCAGUACUGUCACUUGCUUUGGUCAACCCACCUCCCGGAGAUGGCUGGCCUGACCUGAACACCAUUGCUGCUGAAAGCUGCAUUGUGGGGUAGUCCUGCCCACACAUGCCCUAGACACUACAGUGAGAUUAGAUGUGUACCUUCAGCUUCCACCAUCCAAUGUUGGAAUACAGCAAUUGGGCGACUAUUUUGUACAUAAUUAACUGUUUAUCAAAGAAAAAUAAAUAUUAGUAGUAAAAUAGUCUAUGCCGUAAUGACCAAUCCUGUUUGGCUAUGUAGCAUCUUAAUAAAGCCCCAAAUUUAAUUGAA